AUGCCCCAUAUCUCAAAAAGACGACAACAAAUAAACAAUUUAUCUAGAAAAAGGGGUCGCUUUGCGGCUCAAGAGGAGGAAACACAUGAAAUAACUGAUGUACAAGAUGAAUUCACAUUAAGAACUUGUGAGGGAGAUGAAAUCACAAAUGAACAAAUUAAAAAAGUAUAUACUAAAAAUUCGAGGACUACUCUUUGGAGACAAAAUAAAAAGAAAAAAGAGGAAGAAAACGCGAGGGAAAAUCGAACUGCUGAUAAAUCUUUCAAUAAUAAAACACCAAAUAAUACAUUACUCAAUGCUAAAGCAUUGAGUAAUUCACUAUUCAAUAAUAAGGCUUUGGCACCAAGUAAUAUAUUAAUCGAUGCUAAAGCUUCAGCGUUAAGUAAUAUAUUACUUGAUGCUGAAGCUUCAACAUCAAGUAAUAUAUUACUUGAUGCUGAAGCUUCAACAUCAAGUAAUAUAUUACUUGAUGCUAAAACUUCAAGAUCAAAUAACAGAUCACUAUUACAACCAUCAACAAUCUUGCAAAACUCUUCAUCACCCAUUGAUACUACGACAAUCCUACGUAUGCGUUUAGAAAAAGUUAAUUAG